AAAUUUUAGUACAAAAACACAAAUAAACAAUUUUCGAAAUAAAAAUCAAAAAAAAAUAAAUUUCAAAUUCAAAAUGCAUUUUUGGCCCUUUAAGAAAUCUGAAAACGAAAACAAAACUAAAGAUAUAAAAAAUGAGGAUGCAUCUAAUAAAUUUAGUCAAUUUUAUAACAUUGGCCAACAAUUUAAUGAAUUUAUCCACAAUAAUAUGCCAAUAGGUUUUGAACAGAAAUUUAAUAAAACUAAACCCUAUAUAAUGGCCAGCUUUAUAGCUUGGCCGGUAUUUUGGUUAUACCGGGGUUUGGAAUGGAGCAGUCAUAGGCAGAAUGCUAGAUUGCCCAUGUAUAUACAAAAGACCUAUUUACAGGCAAAAUUUAUGCAAUUUUCCAUAAUAAUGUUUGGUUUGACAUUAGCUUCUCUAAUGGAAAAUAGUGCAUCGGAAAUCACAAAUACUUCGAAUGAAAUUAAACGUUAAAGAACAAACUAUGAUUCCAAACAAUCCACAAAUAUCACAAAAUCCACUCAUAAAAAAAUUUAUUUUCAAACUUUGACAACUCUAUUGAAAAAUAUUUUACGAUAUUUGUUACUUCAAAUUAAACGAUAUUCAUUGAAUUAUAUUUUUUAUUUAUUUUUUUCUACAUUUCGGCAAAUAUGUGCUAAAUUUUUUUAACAAUUAUUCAAAAAAAUCAUAAAAUUUUGCAUAAUGGUAAUUUUAAACGUCUUUCAAGAUAUUUACAAUUAUGUGUUUGUGAAAAAUGUCAGCAAAAAACCCAACUUGGGCGAGGAUUUACGUCUUGUUAUGCAAAGUUCUGAAUUCGAAAAACAACUAAGUGCCUCAUCACCCUUCCUGAUAACCGGUCUAAUAGCUUGGCCUUCGUAUUGGCUGUAUCGUGGUGUAGAAUGGCAUCGUGUAAGGAAUAUUGAACCAUUACCUUUGUAUAUAAGAAAAACAUUUUAUCGCGCCAAAGUUUUGGAAUUUUGCAUUUUAUUAACCGGCAUUUUAAUGGCUAUACGUUCAACUCAUAAAGCCUUUUCCAAUCAGUUUGAACUAAAGGAUAUGGUACAGAAAAAAUAGAAAUUGUUGUAGAGUUAUUUAAAAUUUUUUGUAUUUUUAGUAAUUCAAGUAAUGUAACGAAAUUAAUUGUAUAUA